CUGGAUCCCAACUCAUGCCGUCAUAUAUAAUCAGAGGUAACCCUCAUACACAGCUUGCUGCUCUUGUCAGAUUACCAUCACUAUCUAGACCCCCAUUCUAGAUUUCUACCAUGUCCCCAUUACACGAUGCAGCACACUCUAUGAGCGGCCUCCUAGUUGCUUCAUCACAUCCAGUCACGACCCUUGUUUAUUCCCCUCCGUAUGAUGUGCGCGGGAGGCAGCAACAAUUCAUCGAAACCGCGCAGCAGAGGAAGGACCGGGUCGAGUUUUCGAAAAAGAAAGAGUGGGCGCGUCACGUUGCUGAGUGGAUUCGAGCAAUUGGUGCCCGACAGAAUAUGACCUUUGGCUGUUCUGGUAGGCUUGCAGCAUCAUCACCGAUGCCAGAGAAUGGCGAUAUCACCCACUUGACUACUUCUGCGUCGUCCCUCUCUCUAUCAUCGAGCGAGGAAGAGGAAGAAUCAUACAUCAUUUAUAGUUCAUCUCCAUCAUCUUCCAUGUCGUCCUUAUCCAGCGACUUGUCUAUUUCUUCAGUCUCCUCCUCGUACCCAUCAAACAUUAUCUACCCACUGUCAAGCUCUAUACCCCAUCCCCCCAAGCGCAUCCACUACCAUCGUAGGAGUAACGCGAGUCUCAUGACUCCACGUCGCCGACCUUCAUUGUCCAGUAUUCACGAAGUUCCGGAAGAAGACUGAUUUGCAUCUGAAUAGUUGAACUUAUCGGGAGGAAGUGUUCAAGCUGAGAACAAACUAGUGCCAUGUAUCCCUUCUCAAGAUUUUCGUGAUAUUACGACGAUCUUGCUGCCCUCUGCUCC